CGUGACUUCAGGUGUGGUAGUUUGCGGAAACGCAGGUAUAGAGUGUAGUCAACUAAACUUUGGCGGGUCAGAGGUUGUUGUUUUGUUUAAAUAAACCAAACGAAACGAUUCUGCAGACCCUCCAUUUAGAAACAAAGAGGAAGACUGGAACCGGAAAAGCUGGAUGGAAGCCACAAUUAUUGUCCAGAGAGAGCGCCUUUAGAUCCGUGGAUGUUUCACAGCUAUCUAUGAAUGAACUGAAAGUUUAAAUUAAAAGUUUUUUUCGUUGGCUUUUCUUUGUCGAGUCAACAUUAAUGAGCGCAGGGCGGCGUGGGAUUAUUGAGAAAUCUCCUGUACACGCGUGAGAGGUGACGAUCAAAAGAGAGAGAAAUGGAGAAUGACAUCGAAGAGCAAGGCAACCUUCCAGUGGAGAGAGAAGAAGAAGAAGAAGACGAUGGUUGGAAUCCACCAAAAGAAAAGAGAAAAGUACGCAGGGUGGAGAAAUUGCACCAGAAUGUGUCUAAAUGGAUGCUGCCCGAGGAGAUACGAGAGACUUAUUUAGAAAGAGCCAACUGCUGUCCACCUCCUAUCUUCAUCAUCCUCGUCAGUUUAGUGGAGCUUGGAGUGUUUAUCUACUAUGCUGUAUGGAAGCCCCAGAAGCAGUGGAUAACCAUAGGUGUGGGAAUCUGGGAGAGUCCUCUUACCUAUAAACCUGAACUUCGUGAGCAGGCAUGGCGGUUUUUGUCCUACAUGUUUGUGCAUGCUGGGGUGGAGCACAUCUUGGGCAAUCUGUUGAUGCAACUGCUUUUGGGCAUCCCCCUGGAGCUGGUACAUAAGGGCUUUGAAGUGGGAAUGGUCUAUAUGUCUGGUGUUCUUGCAGGCUCUCUGGCCAGUUCCAUUUUUGAUCCACGCAGUGCCCUCGUGGGAGCCUCGGGUGGUGUGUAUGCCCUCAUGGGCGGUUACUUUAUGAACGCUGUGGUGAAUUUCAGGGAGAUGAUUCCGCUUAUAGGAAUAUUUCGCAUUCUAGUAAUCGUUUUGAUCGUUGGGACAGAUGUUGGAUUUGCUCUUUACAGAAGAUUUAUUGUCCAUGACACUGCCAUGAAGGUCUCUUUCGUGGCCCACAUUGGGGGUGGAGUAGCAGGCAUGACCAUUGGUUAUGUGUUUUUUACCAACUACAAUAAACAGCUCCUGAAAGACCCACGCUUCUGGAUGUGCAUCGUGGGAUACAUUGUCUUUAUUUUGUUCGCUGUCGUUUUUAACAUCUUUUUAUCUCCUGCAUCUGGAAUGUGAGUGUGUGUAGUGUAUGGUUAAAGCCAUGCCACUGUUCACAUUGGAUCAUUUUCAAUCCUGUUCUGACUCUUAAAGCUGGGUGCUAAAACACUAAACACUUAGUAAAUAAUUUAGAUAUAUUUGUCUUUUUUUGCAACAAUAACAUUAAGCCCUUAGCUUUAAGUGUUUAAUUUUUAAGUGUUUAUUUAAAUGCUUAUCAUGUGUUGUCAAAUUACUCAAAGAGUUUGAAGUUUGUGGUUUCAGCUAUUUCACCAAAUUUUGAUGUGUUUACAAAAACUACCUGUAGAUGGCAGCACUACUAAAUAUGUGGCAGACCUCUCCUUGACACAAUGUACCACAAUGUAUUUUAAAUGUGGUGUUGCAUAAGCUAUUGAUUGUGAUCAAUAUGAAAUUGUGUCAAAUCAAUGCUAAUGAAAUGCAUGUAGUUUUCUUGCAUAUUUACCUCUAGUUAUCAAAUUCAAUUUCAGAGAUAGGUUUAUGGUUGGAAUGAUAAAUGGUAGCAUAGCGAUUUGAUUUUUUAGUUUUUUUUUAAUUGUUUCCAUUUUUUAAAAAUGCUAAUUGGACAAUUCUUAUUUCUAUGGUUCAUUUUUUUAUAAUGUAUUAAACAUUUUUAAAGCCA